CAGAGUGCCUGGGAUUUACCUGCGAUCAGAGACAGAUCGCUGCGAUUUGCUCACACACGUGCGAUCUACAAAGCAAGUGGUUCCCCAUGCGACGGAUCGCCGUGAUCCGUCGCCCGUGUGUGAGGGCCUAGCAAGUUGCGUUGCCAUGACAACGGUGAAGUUUGUUGUCCGACGCGGUUGCUAUGGAUUCGGGGACGGGAGGCGUUUGCUCGUCUUCAUAGCGGGCGAAGUGUGCUGCAGUUCAAACAGUUUGAUGUGUGGUACAUGCGUAUGAAGAUGACUGGAAUAAGGGCACUUAAUACACCAUGGCUUGAUGCCUUCACUGAUGCUCAUGCUGGAAUUUAUACAUUCAGUCAUUGUAUUACUAUGGCUGAUAUUAAUGGUGAUGGAGACUAUAAACUGAUUAUUGCUGAUUUGGGCACAGGUUCCUCCAACAUACGUCUCAAGAAAUAGAAGAAGUCCUAAUUUUGAUCCCUGCAGCACUACAACUGUUCUCCCGAACUCACCAUUGGCUUUCUUUUAUUGAGGUGUACAAAGGAACUUCUCUAAUGACAGAAUCAGUCUUGACAGAGGCCCCUACAGGUGUUGUUUCAGUUUAUAUGGACACUAAUGAAAACCAUGUGCCAGGAGUUGUUGUAGCUUCAGGUCCUAAUGUGUACAUCUACAAGAAUUUGCGACCUUACUUCAAAUUUACUGUUCCAUCACUUGAUGUGAGCUCUAUGGAGAAAGAUCUUUGGUCACAGGUAAGAGACCAAUCCCUAGAAACAGAUGUCUUCUACGAAUUUCUACAAAACCUUCGGCAAGAAAUUGGGUUCAACAACCUAACAGAAAGAUCACAACAACUCCUUAUCCUUGACCAUUCAAAGCGGAAAGAAUUUGUGGAAGAACAGAAGAAUUUGCCACCCAAAAAACAGACAGUAAUAACAUGUGUAUCAACACUUAAAAAAUCAAUGACUGAUGAAGAUGCCAUUUCCUGUAUCGUAUUUGGGACUGAAAGUGGUGAGAUAUACAUCCUGGAAUCAGAAGCUUUUGUGAUUCUCCAAAAAGUACAACUAGAGGGUGGUGAAGUACACAGUCCUGCUCCUGCCCACAUUGCCUGUUCCGGUCUGUAUGAUGUGGAAUUCCGAAUUGUAUGCCUGUGCCGUGAUGGGACCUUACGUUUGCUUCGUCGGGGCUGGCAGCAAACUCGCACCUUAACAGAGCUUACAGCUCCUGCUGUUGGGUUGUUGUUAAUGCCAGAUGGUUCAUCAAGUAUAAUAGUAGCACUAAUGGAUAGUGCUUUGCAUUGCUUUUCUAAGAAGGGACGCAGACAGUGGAAGCUACAAAUGGAAAAGAAUAUCACAGCAAUUGGCAGUGUUCAUUUGCCUCAGCAAGGACUGUGCUUAGUGGCAGUUGCUCUCUCAGGUGGCUUGAUUAAACUAUAUUCUGGCCAACAGCUUGUUGAUACUAUUGCAACUCCUGACACUGUCGCAGCAUUAAGGUUUGGUCGCUUUGGACAGGAGGAGAACAGCUUAGUUCUCAUUACUGUUGCUGGUUGUCUAAUGGUGAAAAUUCUGAAAAGAACAGCAAACUUUGUGACACAGACAACCACUGAUGGGUUUGUGCCAGGACAACAAGUUAAAGUUCCUAUACCAAAGAAGACAAGGCUUUUUGUUGAACAAACAAUGCGUGAGCGUCAGUGUUACAAAGAGAUACAUCAGGCUUUUCAACAUGAUUUAUUUCGAUUGCACCUCACUGCAGCCAGGGCAUGUGUGCAAGCCUUGCAGAGUUGUUCUCUUCCUGUUUCAAGCAAAGAACCACUUAAGUUAACAGCUCAGGUAUUAGGAUUGGGCCCUAAAUUCAGAUUAGCCAUUACUCUUCAAAAUAUGUCUAAAGAUGUGCCACUAAAGGGAUUAUUCAUUGUUGUACACUGUGAUGACAAAAUGUACAUUGUGGAGAGACCUUUCAUUGAGGUGCCUAUGCUCGUUCCAAGUCUGACAUAUAAGUUUGAUACAAUAGUGGAGUGUGUGUCAGAUCUGAGCAUUUCUGAUGAAGUACGUGUUUUUGUUGUCAAACAACAACAAACAGAACCUCUCCUGUCGGUGGUUAUUGAGAUGCCAGUAUGUGAUAUGUUGGCAAUGACUUCAUAAGGCUAGGCCAUUUACUAUGCUCUCAAAUAAAACAGAGAACAAAUGUGCUUGCUCAUUUCACUUAUGUAAUGUACUGUUAGUUCACACAUAAAUGGUGAUUCAGUAAUUUGUAAUUAACAGAAUAUGGUUUGUAUAUUUACCUGCCAUUCCACUUUGGACUGCCUGU